ACCCUAGCCGCUCCUUCUCGCUUCUACUUCCACAAUUAUCCUUUAUCUCUUUCCUUCCUUCCUUCCUCUCUGGUUUUCUCGAAAGACAGAGCCAAGACGACCUCUUGGUCCAGUGGUGACAGCUCGCCGCCGUUGGUGACUCUAAUGAUGAGGAGUCCAGGAGAUGUAGGCGGAGUGGUGGUUCGACAAUCGGCCAAACGGAGCUUUAUAGAUCUGCAUCUCUCUCCGUCGCCGACCACCAGUUGUAGAAGCCUUGAUUGGAUAUCGCCUUUUCAGAUCUGCCUCUCGAUUUGGAAACAGGACCAUUCGAGACCGAUCCUUAGUCGAUCUCUCUCGUCUUUUCGAGUCGGCGACGGCAGUGAGAGCAUCGGCGUCCAAAAACGACGAGCUGUUCUGCCGGCAAGGAGCAACCACCGCUGAGAGGUAUCACGACAUUUUUUAUUGGUUAAUUAUUUUGUUUUUAGUUUUUACAAAUUCUGAUUAAUUCUUUAUGCAGGUUCGGGAUGAAGGAGGCUUUGAUGAUAUUCUCUAAACCCUUGGCUAGGAUUAGGGUGUUUAAAUCUGUAUUAGGACACGUGGAUUUAAUGUUGGAACUGGUAGUUUGGCCAAUCUCAGGGUAAUCUGAGGCUUUCUGGUUUUAUGAGGUGAUGAAUUGAUUUGGACAAGAACAUUAAUUUGAAAUAACUCAAAAAAUGAACCAGAAAAUAAAUUAUCAGCUUUAUU